AUGUUUGCGCGUGCCGACUCGGUCAACACGAACCGGCGGUCCUAUCCAAAGCGGCUGCUGGCCCGCGAGGUCGCGCGGUUCAAGGCGGAGCACGUCGGCCCGGGCACCGCGCUGGGGGAGCUGGACCACCCCUCCUACGCGUCGGAGUUCUUCCGCGUGCUGAACCUGCCAAACAUCAGCCACCAGGUCCUGCGGGUCUGGUGGCGCGGCAAGGAGCUGUGGGGCUGCGUCGAGGUGCUGCCCACGCCCUCCGGCCUGCUGCUGUGGCACCUCUACUCUCAGGGCAUCCGCAUCGGCGUCUCCAGCCGCUCGUGGGCGAGCCUCGUGCGCACAAAGUCGGGCGGCUGCCUGGUCGGGGACGACAUGAAGCUGAUAACUUUCGACUUCGUGGUAGACCCGUCAAACAGGGGGGCCAUUCUGCUGCCCCUCGCGCGCCGGUUCAAGCGGCGGCUCCCUGACCAGAGUCGCGCCAUCCAGCUGUCGCACUUGGGGAUAGGGUCGUGCGCCAUGCAGGCCGCGGGGCGCAUGCCGGCGGCCAAGGUGGUGGCUGGCGCGCUGGCUCACAUGCGGCAGCAGCAGGCGGCGGCGGAGCGGCGGGCUCGGCAGCAGGAUGAGCAGCAGGCAGACCAACAGCAGCAGCAGCAGCAACAGCAGCAGCAGCAGCAGCAGCAGCAGCAGCAGACGCGGGGCCCACAGGGGUUCCUAGUGCAGCAGGAGCAGGGCGCCAUCCCGCACGAGGCUGCGUGCCUGCAGCGGGGCAUGGGGGAGCGGGAGGACCAAGAGCAGACGCAGCAGCAGCAGCAGCAGCAGCAGCAGCAGCAGCAGCAGCAGGAUGAAGAGGAUGUGGGAGGGCACCCCGCCGCGCUCGCCACGCGCGACGUCGUCGCGGAGAUCCUGCGCUUCCUCGACACCCCUGCGGUCGGCGCGCUGCGGGCGUCAUGCGCCGCUGCGAGGGCGGUGGUGGACUCGACACUGCACUCGGCCGCGCCGCCGCGCGCGGCCGAGUUGGGAGCCCUGUGCGCGCUGCUGGAGCGGAUGCCGUCGCUGCGGGAGCUGUCGCUCGCGGGCUGCGCAGACAGGGCCCUAUGCGGCUUCCCCACAAUGGCCGCCGCCGAGGCAGCCCUCCAGCCCCUCCGCGCCCUGCUGACUCAGCGCCUGGCGCGCCUCGCGUCCCUAGAGCUGCCGCUCGCGGCGAUGCUCGACCUGGGGGCCCUCGCGUGGGCGCGCGACCUGUCGGCCGGCGUGCACCUGACCGGGCCGGACGCGCGCGCCGCGCUGCGCGCCGCGACUGCGCGGCGCUACUCGGGGGCGUAUAAGGCGCUGGAGCGGGGACCCCAUGCCGUGCUGCUGCUGCCGGGCUGGCUGCUGGGGCCGGACGUGAGGCGGCUGGCAGUGACGCGCGCGAGCGGCGGGAGCGCCGCGUGGCCGGACGACCAGCCGGCGGUUGUGUGGGCGGAGCCCGGCGAGCUGGCGCAGCUGGAGUCCAUCACCAUCGAACAUGUGUGCCUGGUGCACGCGCCGCCGCCCCUGCUGGAGCUGGCGGCCGCACCCGCGUCGCGCCUGCGGGAGCUGCGGCUGCGAUGCUGCCAGAUCAGGCACGUAAGGGACGAGGUGCGGGACCUGACGCGGCUCACAAGCCUUGAUCUGUCAGGCAACUUCCUCAAGUCCCUGCCCGACGGCGUCUCCAGCCUCGCGUCCCUGCGCCGCCUGGACGUCUCAAAAAACUCCCUGGCAACCCUUUGUAACGGCCUGGGCGCCCUGACCGCCCUGGAGGAGCUCGAUGUGUCGUCCAACCAGCUGCUGGCGCUGCCGCGGGCCCUCUGCGGCCUGCGCGGCCUGCGGCGGCUCGUCCUGUCCCACAACUGGCUGAGCGGCGCGGGCGGGCUCGCGGGCGCGUGCGCGGGGUGGCCGAGGCUGACCGAGCUGCGCCUCGCAAACGUGAGCGACAAGCGCGGCGCGCUGGAGGUGCCGGCCGCCGCGCUGGCGACCCAAUGCCCGGAUCUCGAGAUCCUGGACGUGUCCUCCCAGUUCCAGCUGGACGAGUCAUCCCUCUCCGGCCUGGCGGCCUGCCCGCGGCUGCGGCGCCUGGUGGUCGGGUGGCCGGUGCGCGCGGGCGCGGCGCGGCUGCAGGCGCAGCUGCCCGGGCUGGUGGUUGAGUAG